GGAGGCUACAGGAGGGGCCCAUCACGUGUGCCCGGGGGCGGGGACCUGGCAAGGGCUUCUUUACGAGUAUUUACUACGAGCAAUCCCCCCUAUGAGCUCAGAGCCCCGGCUGUCAGGCUGCCCAUGCCAUGCCCCACUAACCCUCUCCACAGGACCCCCGCCCAGCAUGGCAGACCCUCUAGGGGACCUGAUCUCAGCGGCUGCUGCCAGGGGGGAGCUGGAACAGCUAGAGGACCUGCUUCGGGGGGCACCGGACGUGGAUGUACCCAAUAAAUUCGGGAGGACAGCCCUGCAGGUGGGUGUGUGUGCCCUGAGGGUAUGGGGGGAGGGGGCAGGUGAACAUCUCUGUAAUGAUGCAAGCUUGGGGGGGUGGGGGGGGAGUGCAGGCCAGAGGAACAUAAAGGGUUAACAGCCCCCAAACUUAUUUCCCGGGGGCCCCCCAUCUGGCAAGGGCUUCUUUACGAGUAUUUACUACGAGCAAUCCCCCCUAUGAGCUCAGAGCCCCGGCUGUCAGGCUGCCCAUGCCAUGCCCCACUAACCCUCUCCACAGGACCCCCGCCCAGCAUGGCAGACCCUCUAGGGGACCUGAUCUCAGCGGCUGCUGCCAGGGGGGAGCUGGAACAGCUAGAGGACCUGCUUCGGGGGGCACCGGACGUGGAUGUACCCAAUAAAUUCGGGAGGACAGCCCUGCAGGUGGGUGUGUGUGCCCUGAGGGUAUGGGGGGAGGGGGCAGGUGAACAUCUCUGUAAUGAUGCAAGCUUGGGGGGGUGGGGGGGGAGUGCAGGCCAGAGGAACAUAAAGGGUUAACAGCCCCCAAACUUAUUUCCAAGCCCCCCAUCAGAUCCUGGGUCUGGGUUGUAUCCAGCCUGACCCUUAGAAUGUGUAUUAACCCAAAAUACAGAACCAGCAGAAAAAAAACCCCAAAACAAUAACCCCCCCCCCCCCCCCCCCCCCCUCCAUAUAUUCGACUCUGAUAUUUACUUACCUCCGUGAGGAAAACGUGAUCAACGCGUUAUAAAUAAGACCUUACAUCCACCAGAGAGUAUACAUGCUUCGGGCAGCAAGGGGUUAACGCGGUCAGUAAUCCCAUCAAAUAAGCCCAGAUCACGUAAGAGUUUGCCACAUUGUAUACAUGCUGUGUUAAAUUCUCCCAGCACUGAAAUGGUUCGGAUUUUAUUUGUAUAUUUUGAAAUGACUAUUAUUUAUUUAACCCCUUGAUUUGGAGCCUGUGACACUUGGCUUUUGCCUUUUCGCCCACGUGCUAUACAGCACCUUCCUUUUUUUAUAAUGAAACUCUAUAUAGUACAAGCAGUCAACGUAUCUCACAGAGAAUGCAGGACCAGGGAUACUCACUGUAUGUUUCCAUUGUAAAAGUAACUGAAUGACAAAAUGUUACAUUGUCAGAAUUGGAGCAUCUGUAAACAGAAUAUCCAAGCCACGAUGACUUACUGUGAAGACAGCUCUGACUAAUUUCAGGGUCCAAACAGGUAGACAGAUCAUCAAAUAUAAACCGAUUGCAGGGUUCUCACUAAGGUCAUGUGUGAAUUGUUAGCUUUAAAAGUGGAAUCAAAGUUAAUUUAACAUUUUAGAUUAAAAAAUCCCCCCGUUUGGAUAUAUUUUCGAAUUGGCUACUUUGGCCUAUUAUUUUAAAUGAGCUCUGAAUUUCGCCUUAAUUCCCGGCAGUUCAUAUACUGUGUGUGUUGAAUAAAAUGCAGUUACCGUAUGUGUGUAUGUAUAUAAUAUACAGAUAGUGUGUUUUAUACACAUUUUUGUGUACAUAUAUGUAAUAUUUAUAUAUAUACAUGCACUCAUGGAAUUUGAAAUACCUAAAUUCAGGUAAUCCCCUCUCUGCAUAUGUUAGCGUGUAUUUGACUCAAGCAUAUAUAUUUAUUAGUGUAUUUUUACAUAAAUAUAGCGACAUACAGAUUUUAUAUGGUGAACGAAAAUAUAAAAACAUUUGAUAUAUGUUAUAUCAAAUAUUUUGUGUGUAGUAUGUAUAUCCAUCUAUCUCAAAAAUUGAAAAAUUUAGGCCUAUACAAGUCAGUGCGUGUGUAUAUAUUUUUAUAUAUAUAUAUAUAUAUAUAUAUAUAUAUAAAUAUAUAUAUAUAUAUAUAUAUAUAUAUAUAUAUACAGUAUAUUAUUAUUAUUAUAUAUAACGUGUGUAGUGUGUAUAUAUUAUAUAUAAAAUAUUAUCUAUAUAAUGUCUGUAUGUGCGAGUGUUUGUAUAGAUAGUGUGUAUAUUUGUUAUAUACAUAUUAUGAGUGUGUGUAUGUGUAUGUAUAUAUAUAUAUAUAGUGUGUGUGUGUGUGUAUUAUAUAUAUAUAUAUUAUAUAUUUAAUUAGUGUGUUUUUAUAUUAUAUAUAUAUAUAUAAUGUGUGUGUUUGUGUUUUUUAUAUAUCAUGUGUGUGUAUUCUAUAUAUCAUGUGUGUGUAUUCUAUAUAUAAUGUGUGUGUAUAUAUUUUAUUAUAUACAUAAUUUGUGUGUGUGUAAAUUAUAUAUAUAAUGUAUGUGUAGUGUGGGUGUACAUAUUAUAUAUAUAUAUAUAUAUAUAUAUAUAAUGUGUGUGUAUAUAUUAUAUAUAAUGUGUGUGUUUGUGUGUGUGUGUGUAAAUUAUUAAUAUACACUGUGUGUGUAGUUUGGGUGUAUAUAUUAUAUAUAUAAUGUGUGUGCAUUAUAUAUUAUAUAAUGUGUGUGUGUGUGUGUGUGUGUAAAUUAUAUAUUAUAUAAUGUGUGUGUGUGUGUGUAUUAUAUAUUAUAUGUGUGUGUGUGUCGUGUGUGUAUAUUAUAUAUGUGUGUGUGUAUAUACAUAUUAUAUAUAUAUAUAUAUAUAUAUAUAUAUAUAUAUAUAAUGUGUGUGUAGUGUGUGUAUAUAUUAUAUAUAUAAUGUGUGUGUAGUGUGUGUAUAUAUCAUAUAUAUAAUGUGUGUGUAGUGUGGGUGUAUAUAAUAUAUAUAUAUAUAUAUAUAGAUAGAUAGAUAGAUAGAUAGAUAGAUAGACAGAUAGAUAAUGUGUGUGUAUUAUAUAAUGUGUGUGUAGUGUGGGUGUUUAUCUGGCAGUGUAUAUGUAUGUAAAAAGAUUCAAACAUAUAAUUUUGCAUUUACAUCCAAUCUUAUUAAAUCUGAUAUAAACCUUCUAGUUUUAGUGUGCCCACUGACUGGAUAAGCUGGUAUAUGCAGAGUACCCAAACAGAGUGCCCCAUACAAUACCUUGCAUCACUCCUAUUGCUCUAUUUCCCUGUUAUUACUCCAGUCAUCCCUAUGACCUGAAUGUUGUUUAGACAGGAGAAAUAAUAAAAAUCAUAGUACAUAUGUAUCUUUCCCAGAUGUUUGCAUUAGUUGCUGAAAUGACAGAAUACUGACUUCUAACGUGCUCUUCUUAGUAUUUUGGCAAAGCAAAAAUUCAAAAACUGCUUCCUUCUCUGAGAAGGAUUUGAUAGGCCUCAAUUUACAGUAUGUCCAGAAAAUGAAAAUCUGACACAAGGAUCUCCGUGUGUCUUAAGCCUUUAGAACUUCAGUAAGGAUGGGGGUGCCUGUGUCAAUUUAUUUUUGGGGGGAACAUUUUAAAAGUAUUGCAAUCACCAUGGCAACCAAUUAAAAGUUGCUACAAAUUAAUUCAUCUAUUGAACUUUGCUCCAAAAUGUUUCUAUCUCCUAAUUUAUACUCUACCAAACCAACACUUUUUAGCUCAAUCCACGUGAUCCAUGCACUCUUAUUAAGGGAAUAAUUUAUCUUGAUUUAUAUUAUUUAUUAUAAUUUUUCUUUUUUUAAUUUUUGGGAAUUUUGGAAUAUAGCAAAUAUAUCAUUAUUAUUAUUAUUAUUAUUAUUAUUAUAAUAUUUUCUCCUCUCUGAGAAAAAUAUAUUUUCCUUAUUUUUCUUUCUUAUAAAUAUUGUAACAUAAAACUGACUACAUCUUUGCUGAUAAUUUGUGCAAUUUUAAAAAAUGGAAUAGGCAACAAAGUGAUUGGAGUAAGGGACUUACUUUCUCACAUUUAUAACCAUAAUAUGGCCCACGUUUGUAUUGCUUUAAUGAAAUUUGGCUUGGGUUAAAUCUUGAUAUCUCAGUGUUAAUAAAACAACAGGGUGUAAUAAAUUAAGAAAGACGAUCAUUUAGAGGCAGAUCUAAAUUUAGCAUCAUAUAUUAAUACGUUUUGUUUCAUUCUUAACAUUCUGUUGCUUUUAACAUUUAUUUUCAUUAAAUAUUGAUAUUAAAUUUAUUCUAGCAAAACUCUGUCUUUAUCCAAAACAUUUUGACUUUUUUUUUGUUAUUUUAUUUCACUUAUAAAAUUAACCGUAAUGGCAAGAAAUGUAGCUUUCAUUUCACAGAGUAUAUUACUAAUCUUCUAAUAUCCCAAGUAAAGCAAAUACAUAAAUAAAAUCGUUUUUAAUGAAUAUAAGAUAUACCUAUAUAGUAAUAUUCGGGAUGUUGUAUUCCCAAAACGGUACGAGGACGCUCUGUCAGACUCAUGAUGUAAAAUGAUGUAUACAUUGGUGGUUUGUCCACUAAACAGUGACUUCACAUACUAUUUGUAGAAAGUAGUCUCUCUCACAGCUAUAAUAGAGAAAAUAAGAACUGAUCUAAUCAGCUAACCUGGAGAUAUUUGUUUUUCAAUUUAUCUUGGCAACCGUGGCCUAAUUUUUUGUAAAGUGGCCAUCAACUAUUUUUCUAACGUUUUAUCUCACUGUUUAGUGAAUAUACCCCUUUGUCAUUGUAUCAGUGUAUCGAGUAGUGUUGUCCAUCUAUGCCACUGUUUGUAAACAACUGGGGAUUGUUGAUACAUUGUUGCAAUGAAACGACAGUCCUUUAACCCUUUGUGUGCUCAGUGACCUGCAAUCCUGUCUGCUCUCCUGUCAGUGAGGAAUAGUACAUGUACCUGUCAUUUUACUCUUUUCAUACAAUAACAAACAUCUGAAAGGCUGUCUACAGCAUGAUCCUUCCUAAUCCUUAGUACACCUUGACACACCUUACCUGAGAUAAGAUCUGUUUAUUAUAGCGACAUCCGCCUGUCUGGGGCUAUGACCUCAGGUGGGGGCAAAGGCAAUGGCAAACCCCAUAGACAUAGACACACGUUAUUAACAAACUAUUAACCAGGAAUUAACAAGCUCGCCCAAUUUACUAUUGCUCCCACAAAUAGGAGCUAGCUGGUUUUAUUCACAGGUGUAUUGUAUAGCUUCUUACAAUAUAGUGGAUUUAAUCGAUAUGGCAUUAGCUGGGCUUAGAGAAUGGAUGAUAUUUAUCUGCUGUGAGCAGGGUAGAGGCCUGUCUGUCUGUCAGGCUGUGUCUGUCUGCCAGGCUAUUUCUGUCUGUACAUGUGAGUGGAUGUUUUGCUAUGAUUGUCUUUAUCUACACGUGUCUCUUGGCAUAUAGAUGUGUGUUUGUAUAUGAAUGUGUGUGUGUGUGUUUGUGUGCCUGUCUGUAGAUACACACACACAUAUUACAACACAUGUCCAACGUUUUAAAAAAAAUCUUUAAAAAAAAUCUGCUUGACGAAAUAUCUGGCAAACACGUUUUUAUUGCACAAAUAUGUACAAACCUAUAGAUAUAACUACAGAGAUAUACACACCUCAGUGUAAUAUGAUCUACAUGUCCAUCUGCAUGGCAACACAUUUAUUCUUAUUAUAUAUGUAGACUUUUAGAUGUGUGUAUGUUUAUAUAUAUAUAUAUAUAUAUAUAUAUAUAUAUAUAGAUAUAUGUGUGUGUUUAUAUAUUUAUUGAUAUAUGUGUGUGUGUUUAGAUAUAUACAUAUAUAUUAAUAUGUGUGUUUAUAUAUAUAUAUAUAUAUAUAUAGAUAGAUAUAUGUGUGUGUGUUUAUAUAUAUAUUGAUAUAUGUGAGUGUGUUUAUAUAGAUAUAUUGAUAUGUGAGUGUUUAUAUAUAUAUAUAUAUAUUAAUAUAUGUGUGUGUGUUAUAUAUAUAUAUAUAUAUAUAUAUAUAUAUUGAUAUAUAUGUGCGUGUGUGUUUAGAUAUAUAUAUAUUGAUAUGUGUGUGUGUUUAUAUAUAUUGAUAUAUUGAUAUAUGUGAGUGUGUUUAUAUAUAUAUACUGAUAUAUGUGUGUGUGUUUAUAUAUUUAUUGAUAUAUGUGUGUGUGUUUAUAUAUUUAUUGAUAUAUGUGUGUGUGUUUAUAUAUAUAUAUAUAUAAAAUUAUUUUUUUCCAUAUAAUAUACUCAGACUUAUACACAGAUAUUUAUGUGCAUACUCAGGCCUUUAGGCGGAUAUGUAUAGGUAUGUUCACUAAAUGUAAGCAGAACUAUUUACAUAUUUUUAGACCUAUAUCAUAUUAUAAACCUAGAACUGUAAAGAGGAAUUUACACAUAAAUUCUUGCAGACGGAUAUUUAUUCAUAUCUUCAAUGUAUACACUCAGACCUGUAGAUGGAUUUAUUCAUAUUAUAUAUUCAGACCUAUAGACUAAUAUUUACACAUAUAUUCAUAUUAUGCACUCAUACUUACAGACAGAUGUUUACACGUAAUCACACUCUAUACAAUAAAUAUUACACAUAUAUUCACAUCAUGUAUUCUGACAAAUAUUGCACAUAUAUUCAUUUUACAUAGCCAGACCUACAGACAGAUGUAUUUUCUUUUAAUAUAUUAUAGAUAGAUAUUAAUUAUUGCCAGACAUAUAAAUACAUUUAUAUAUGUAAUAUAUCUUCUUAUAAUACAUUCAAACUUAUAGACACAUAUUUGCUUCUAUGAUAUCAUCAGCGAUAUAUACACUAUAUUCAUAUAACUAACCAAUAGCCACACAUUAUAUAUUAUAUAAUCAGACAUAUAGACUGAUAUAUUCAUAUUAUACUCUUAGAUUUAUAAAUAGAUAUUUGGACCUGUCAUCGUAAUAUAUCCUAAAUCUAUAAAUGUUGUUAUACACACAUUGUUAUUUUACAAUUAUUACUAUAAAUAUUUGUACACGUAUUUAUAUUAUAUACUCGAAUUUAUAGACAAAUAUUUGCACGUGUGUAUAUAUCAUAUAUUCAUACAUAUAGACAGAUAUGAUCUCAUAUUCAUAUUAUGUUACCAACACUGUAUAGACAAACAUUAAACACAUACUAUUAUAAAGUAAGAAAUAUGGGUCUAUUUACACUUAUACAUUUCUAUUAAUUACUCAGCCCUUUAGGGACAGAUAUGAAUUCAUAUUACAUCUCUAGCCCUAUAGAACUAUAUUGCAUAGAUAUAUAUAAUAUAUUAUUAUUAUUAUUAUUAUUAAUAAUAAUAAUAAUAUUACAGUACCUUAUAGAUUUAUUUGCACUUGAAUAUUGAGACCUAUAGACAGGUACUCAUACUAUAUACUCAGUCCUUCAGAUAAUAAUUGACCCAUGUGUUCAUUAGCAAUGGUUAUUUAGUAAACGGAGACUUCAAAGUUAGUUCAAUGUAAGGCAAAAGUAGAUGAAUUUGAGAAAUUCUCCAAGUCAGUUAGGAUUUUAGUUUGGCUAGUUAGUGAAUAACCCUGUAUAUACUCAGACCUGUAGAGAGAUAUUUACAUUUAUACAGAUAUUAUAUAUUCAGACAUACAGACAUAUGUUUACAUUUAAAGCUAAUAUUAUUAUAUACUCAGAUCUAUAAAUAAUAUAUAUAUAUAUAUAUAUAUAUAUAUUCAUAUUAUAUACUCAAACCUAUACAGAUAGCUUUACACAUAUAUUUAUAUAAUAAAUCCAGACUUACAGGCAAAUAUUUGCACAUAUAUUCAUAUAAUAUAUUCAGAAAUGUCGAUAAAUAUUUACACAAAGAUUCAUAUAUAUAGACAAAUCGACAGAAAUGUAUAUUAAUGCUGGUAUACACCCAGAACCUAGCCAGUUAUUUACACAUAUAUUUAUAUUAUAUAGACAGUCUUAUAGAUUAUACACCACGCACAGCACACUGUAGAUAGAUCUAGAUUACAUAUAGAUAGGUAGAUUGCAGAUUUAUUAAAGUGGAUUUAAAAAAAGAAAUGAUUAAAUUAUAGUGGAGCUUUUUUCUCAUUGUAAACGUGAGGAAAACGAAAUGAUACUAAAUGGCUAUUUUAGUAGUUAGUCGCCUUAUACAUGUAUUGUAAUCAACUGUAUCCAACCACUGAAGAUGUGAGAUGGAAUUAUUGUGAUUUGACUGGUGAAUGGAAUCCGAGUGAUAUGAAUGGUAAAUGGAAUCCUAGUGCAUGGCCAGGCAACCUUCAACACUUUACAUGUUUUGGACUACACCUCCCAUCAUACUUUGCCAUCAAUAUGGCUGUUGGAGCAUUAUGGGAGAUGCAGUCCACAACAUCUCGAGUGCUGAAGGUUACCUACCCCUGUCGUAGUAAAAUGCCUGCUGAAUGAGAUCCUUGUGAUGUUACUGGUGAAUGGAAUCCUAGUGAUGUGACUGGUGAUUGGAAUCAGAGUGAUGUUUCUGGUGAAUGGAAGCAGAGUGAUGUUUCUGGUGAAUAUAAUCCUAGUGAUGUAACUGGUGAAUAGAAUCCUAGUAAAAUUGGAUGAAUGGAAUCACAGAGCUGUUUUUGUCUCCCCAGGUGAUGAGGUUGGGAAAUCCAGCCAUUGCCAGGGCUCUGCUCAGUAGAGGUGCUAACCCAAAUCUAAGAGACAGCACUGGGUUCUCGGUUCUCCACGAUGCAGCCAGGGCUGGCUUCCAAGACACUGUGCAGACCCUGCUCCUUUACCAGGCCGAUGUCAACAUCCAGGAUAACGAGGGCAACCUACCCCUUCACCUGGCAGCCAAGGAAGGUCACCUACCGGUAGUCAGAUUCCUGAUUGGGCACACAGACACCAAGGUGGGCCACCGGAAUCGUCAUGGGGAAACCCCCUGUGACAUGGCCAGACUGUACAACAGGGAGGAUGUGUUUCAAUGGAUGCAGUCCUAUACUAGGGGCCAGGGUGCUGACCUGAAAUAAAGGCAGCAGGGGGUCACCGUGGACAGAUCAUAGACCCUCUCUCCAAGACACAGGGGUUACCUAGCAGAACAUUCAUUGACAUGAGUUGCUGAUCCAUCCAGGAGAGGAAUGGUUAAAACAUUUUCUUCAAUUCCAUCUUUUUCCAUUCUUUAUUUUUUUUUCUAAAGGACUUUCUCAUUCUGAGUUAACCUCCAUCAGACACACAGAAGGUCUCUAGAUUGAUUUAUUAUAUUAUUGCCCAAUAAUAAUGUGAGCUAUAAUGGGAGGGGUGGGUGGGAGAAUCCUAGAGCACUAUCAUGGGGGGAGGGAGCCCCAAAAAGAAGCUAGAGUGGGGUUCAAAACCUGAAAUGUAGGAAAUAUAGAUGUUCCAAUUUUUUUUUACAAAUACAUCAAAUGUUAAUUUCACGUAGCAAAAUCUACCAAUGUGUAACCAUUUCAAAGCCAAUAUGAGUUUAUAUCAGCCUCUUCUUGGCCUUGAACGGUUUAUUUGUAUUAUUUUUUUUAUCUUUAUUUUUGCACGAGUUUCAAUAAUUGGUCUGUUCCUAAAUAUGUCCUUAUCCAUUGUGCAAUGUGAUGUGUAUAUCCAUUUAUAGCUGGAUGUGAUCUAUAAUAUAAUAAAUAUCAUCUGCCUGCUUAGUAUGAGCUGUAAGGGUUCAGUACCAUUAAUAUCAGUAUUAUGAAACGAAAUUUAACUUCACAUUCUGUCAAAGUGUUCUGUUUAUGAUGUCCUAUGCACAGCCUUAAAUUCCAUGCUACGUGCCUGCUCUGUGAUCUGCUCAAAGACACACAGUGAUUGGGAGAUAAUUCACUGUAUAGAAAAAAUCAUUUGUUAUUUUUAAAAAAAUGCUUCAUUCAGAAAACGGUUCCUUUAUUUCGUUUCAGUUUUACAAACUCAAGAAUAAAGAAGUCCAGUUACUUUGCCUGCUUACAUUUUCUUUCAUGCAAUUAGGAUAUUUUACACUUUAAAAACUUGCUUUUGCACCACUGGCAGUGAAUGUGUUAAUGUGACACAGGAUUAAAAAAAAUUAUAAUAAUAAAAUGAAAUGUAUAUAUCAGAGACUGUGAAUAUUCCCUCAGUUAUGAAGGUACGUGGGGGGUAGGGGAGGGGGGGCGGUGGUGGUGUGUGAAGCAUGCUUUCAAUGGCUUUUCCCCCCUGCUUUUUACUAAUUCAUUAAAUCAUCUAUUGAUUGAUUAAUGUAUAUGAUUUAAAGAGACAGACUUGUAUGUUUUUCAAAAAAUGUUUACAGAUUUGUAUUAACAAU